AAGUAUUUGCAAAGGGAGAGGGUUCCUGCUCAACGUCACCGUGGGCUGUAGUGACAGUCAUCUGUAGGGGGAAAACCGUCUUCGUCUGUUUUUUCUUUCUUUUUUCUUUGACCAUGAAUAAUACACUGAAAGCAGGCUAUAAAUGAAACCAUAAUAAACGAGUUUAAAGUUUAAAUCAAUGGUACAGGAGGGUAUUAUGUCCAGGACGCCUUCCACCUCAACCCAGGAAAUCCAGAUGGACGUGUUCGAACAUCACGGCUCUCACGCUCAGGGAAAGUAUGCAAAGAGGAAGAGCCGUUUUAAGCGCUCAGAUGGCAGCACCUCAUCAGACACAACCUCCAAUAGCUUCGUCCGACAGGGCUCAGCGGACUCCUACACCAGUCGUCCUUCAGACUCUGACGUUUCCCUGGAGGAGGACCCCGAGGCUCUCAGAAAAGAAGCUGAUAGACAAGCUCUUGCCACCCUGGAGAAGGCUAAGACCAAGCCUGUAGCGUUUGCGGUGAGGACUAACGUUGGCUAUAACCCGGGCCCUAACGAUGAUGUGCCAGUCCAGGGCAUGGCCAUCUCUUUUGAACCCAAAGACUUCCUGCAUAUCAAAGAGAAGUAUAGUAAUGAUUGGUGGAUUGGGCGUUUGGUAAAGGAGGGAUGUGAGGUGGGGUUUAUCCCAAGUCCUGUGAAGCUUGAGAGUACACGUCAGUUACAAGAACAGAGAAUGAGACAGAACCGCCUUAGCUCCAGUAAGUCUGGUGGAAGCUCUAGUCUUGAUGUUGCCACAGGUGCCCGGAGGCCCACCCCACCUGGAACAGCUGACUUGUCCCUGGGGCUUUAUGAUGAUGCACUGGAUUCAGAUGUUGAGGAGGUGGAGCCUGCCGACACCCGUGACCAUAAGGGUGUGGGCGGAAGUGUCACCUCCCCUCAAGGCAACCUGCCCCGCCUCCCUUUCUUUAAGAAGAUGGAACACGUUCCUCCUUAUGAUGUGGUGCCUUCAAUGAGACCCAUUAUUCUAGUGGGACCAUCACUUAAAGGCUAUGAGGUGACAGAUAUGAUGCAGAAAGCUCUCUUUGACUUUCUAAAACACAAAUUUGAGGGCAGAAUAUCCAUCACCCGGGUGACAGCAGACAUUUCACUUGCCAAACGUUCCGUCCUUAACAACCCCAGCAAACACACGAUCAUCGAGCGCUCCAGCACCAGAUCCAGUCUGGCUGAGGUGCAAAGUGAGAUAGAAAGAAUCUUUGAACUGGCUCGAACACUCCAGUUAGUGGCUCUGGAUGCUGAUACAAUCAACCAUCCGUCUCAACUGGCCAAGACAUCACUGGCACCUAUCAUAGUCUACAUCAAGAUCGCCUCUCCAAAGGUGUUGCAGAGGCUGAUAAAGUCUAGAGGUAAAUCUCAGGCCAAACAUCUCAAUGUCCAAAUGGUGGCAGCUGAUAAACUAGCGCAAUGUCCUCCUGAGCUUUUUGACAUAAUAUUAGAUGAGAAUCAGUUAGAAGAUGCAUGUGAACAUCUGGCUGAGUACCUGGAGGCCUACUGGAAAGCCACACACCCUCCUAGCAGCAACCCACCCAACCCUCUGCUCAACCGUACCAUGGCUACAGCCGCCCUGGCUGCCUCGCCUGAACCCGUCUCCAACCUGCAGGGGCCAUUCCUGGUGCAUGGAGAACAGAAGAGGGAAGUGACUGAACGUGGCAGUAUCCAAGACUACCAGAGCGACCUGGUUGGCAAGCAGCCGCUGUGCUCUUCACGCAGCCAGAUGCAAACAGGGGGGCGGGGUCUGUCACGGCAGGACACGUUUGAUUCCGAGACCCAGGGCAGCCGUGAUUCCGCCUACACCGAUGACAUGGAGACAGAUCCAUAUGAGGAACCGGACCCAUGUCGCUACCGCCUAAAUCCUGCCCACCAUGCUCCUCGCCAGGCCUCCUGGGAGGAUGAAGGGGCAGAACCUGAUCAGGAGAACCUCAAUGUGGUCCCACCACCAGCCAAUCAGCACCAACGUGGACGAGGCAAGCUGAGGGAUCGUUACUGUCAGGAUGGAGAAGGUGGAGGGUCGACCAUGGGCCGUAAUCAUAACCAGGAGGAGUGGAGCAGAGAUGUAUAUAUUCGCUAGAGCAGGUUUACUUGGAGAACAAGGGCAACAUUUCCUCACCUUCAUGUUGUUCCUUAGUCAUAAGGCUUUUUUUUCCGUGGAGAUGUUAAGCAGAAUAUAAGAGACUGAUAGCCUCAGUCACCAUUCACUUUCAUUGCAUUGUUUUCCCAAACAAUGAAAGUGAAAACAUCUCCUUUUGUGUUCUACGGAAGAAAGAAAGUCACUCCGGUGACCGAAUUGUGAUUUCUGAGUAAACUAUCCCUUUCAGGCAAGGUCCACACUAAUUUGUUUUUAUUUGAAAACGCAUCAAUUUAGCUGAGUUUACACCUCUUAUCCAUACUAGAACUCAGUUUUCUUCACUAAAAAAUAUAGUGUUUCAAAAACACUCUCCAUUUCUUGAUACUUUGGAAAACUUUUAACAUUUCAAACUUAGCCUUAGCAUUAGGCCACGUCCAUGUUAAUCUGGUUUCAUUUAAAAACUCUAUUUUUAGUUCUUGAAAUGCUUAGUUUUUGUGUUUUUGAAUGAUGAGAGGUGUAAACAUAGCGAAAUUAUGUGUUUUUUAACUGACACUUAUUAGUGUUGACACGACCUAAGAUAAUCCAAAUCAAUCAGAAUCAAAGUUAGGAUUCUGAAAUUGCCGUUGUUACAAAUUAAAUAAGAUAGAAUUCUACAGUGAGAAUGUUACUGUAAUACAACCCCAGGAAACAGGAGAACACUAGAAGAUGAGCGUGUGUGUGGGGUGGGGGUUAAUUGUGUAGAAUGAUACUAAAGUAGAAUCUCUAUAGUUGGAUCUGUUUACAACCCAAAAACACAAAAUCAUUGAAAAAUGCUGUACAGCUGACACUCACAACAUUCACAUUACCUAAUCAAAACUCUCUGUCAAUAUGUAUUUAAUUUUAUCCUGUUUUUAAGAAGGGUGGGUAGAAAAACCCAUGAUUUGUUUUAAAUUUGUCUUCAUUCUAAUUUACUUUGUAUAGUACUGCAUGAAUCCUAAUCAUUAUGAGGUUAGUGACUGUUCCUGCUGAGCAUUAAAUAUGAUUCAGAAUGUACCACCAAAAUCUUGCAAAUGUAUGAAUGUGUGUAUGGUUUAGUGUGUUUGAGUGCGUGCGUGCGUGCGUGCGUGUGUGUGUACUCUGUAGUCUUAAACAGGGUCUUUCUAAUUCAUAAAAGUCUUGGGAGUGCUCCACCAUUUUGAUUUCCUAGACAACACUACUGCAGUGCAUGUUUUUUUGCAUAUUUAAAUCUAUUUAUUUUAUUUAUUGAGUCUCAAAACAAGGUCUAUCUUGUCUUUAGCCUAUUAAAACCUUUACUCUCUCCAGAGUGCCACCGCUGCUGUGUGCUCCUUCAAUCUGAGAGGGGUGCUGUGGUGCUCAUGUACAGGCUAUAGUUUAAUAGGGCUAACACGCUGACAUGCAUCAACAAUGUGCACCAAUGUUAAUCCACAUCUGUAAGCAUUUAUAAAGCUUAAUAUGCAAAUAUAUAAAAAAAAAACUCACAUUAUGGUCUGAGAGACACCUUUCAAGCUAAAUAUUAGUAUGAAACUUUUGAGACCACUUAUAAAGGCAAAUACAGGUUGCUGUGACAUUAGUCAACAAAAAUAGCUUUGUGUUGAUUGUAUCUGGCUCUGUCCCGUCUUCUGUGCCUGUCCGAGGGCUUUUAGCAUUGUGACGCUAAUGUACCACUGCCAUCAGAUGCCACAUGUUCUGCCUUAUUUGCACAUUAGUCACACUAGCCACCAAUCACAAGUGCCAUAAUCUUUCAUUAGGCCAUGCCCACUACAACAGUGAUGGGUUGCCUUUACUCAGUGCAACACAUACAGUUGUUUUUGUGGGUGUGAUUGUAGUCUACGCUGCCAUUUUGCCUGGUUUCUCUACCGACAUGUUUGCACUACCUUGAUGCUGUCAUCAUUUACUCACCCUCAAGUCAUUCCAAACCUGUUCACUUUCUUCCAUGGAACACAACAGGAGAAAUGUUGAACAAUGUUGAUGCUUCUCUUUUCCAUACAAGGAAAGUGAAUGGGGACUGAAGCCCACAGAUUACUUCGGUUUUGACGUGAAUGCUGAGCGUUUGUAUACUUAAUUUGACUGCAUGCUUACAGGUCCUGUAUGCGAACGCUCAGCAUUCACCUUUUCUUCUGUGAUCUACGGAAAAAGAAAUUCAUACAGGUUUGGAACAACAUGAGGGUGAGUAAAUGAUGACAAAAACUAUUUUGGUGGUGUGAACUACCCCUUUAAGCAUGUUCAGCUAAAGGUAUUUAUUGCAUGAGAGUUUAAUUUACUUCACACUGAAAGUAUACAAUAUAUUCAUACUGACAUAUAUACAUACGCUAGUCAACAUACUCUGUCAAAGUCUGACUGCCAAACUCAUGCACCUGCUGCUGCUUUUUGUGUUGUUAUAUCUGUGGCCAAUUUUUAAGACAGGUGUGCGGGAGGGGGGGGGGUAUGAGGAAAUUUUUUUCGUUUACAAACUGGUAAUUACAAGGGUAUUAUGCUAUAAAUGUGGUUUAUGAGGACAUUUCUAGUGUCACCAUAAUUCAAAUAACUUUAAAAAAAAAAAAAAUUAUGUAAAAAUACAGAAAGUUUUUUGUGAGGGAUGGGUUUAGGGGAUAUAAUCUAUAGUUCGUACAGUAUAAAAAUAUUUUUUUCUGUGGAGAGCUCUCAUAAGGACAGCCGCACCAACGUGUGUGUGUGUCUGUGUCUGUGUCUGUGUGUGUGUGUGUGUGUGUGUGUGUGUGUGUGUGUGUGUGUGUGUGUGUGUGUGUGUGUGUGUGUGUGUGUG